ACUCGCGGGGGUGAGGGGAAGCCGUAGGAACCCGGGAGGAAGCGGAGGAGCGAGCGGGAGGCGGCGGUGGCUCCCGUCGACCUCCGGCAAGACUGACCGCAGGGAGGCCGAAAAGCAGGCACGCGCGGCGGAGAGGCGGGCGGAAGGCCGGAGCUUAUUUAAUGAAAAGUGCCAUAGACUGAAAAACCAAACAUGAGGGUAGCAGGUGCUGCAAAGUUGGUGGUAGCUGUGGCAGUAUUUUUACUGACAUUCUAUGUUAUUUCUCAAGUAUUUGAAAUAAAAAUGGAUGCAAGUUUAGGAAAUCUAUUUGCAAGGUCAGCAUUGGACGCAGUUGCACGUUCUACAAAACCUCCCAGAUAUAAAUGUGGGAUCUCAAAAGCUUGCCCUGAGAAGCAUUUUGCUUUUAAAAUGGCAAGUGGAGCAGCUAAUGUGGUAGGACCCAAAAUCUGCCUGGAAGACAAUGUUUUAAUGAGUGGUGUUAAGAAUAAUGUUGGAAGAGGGAUCAAUGUUGCCUUGGUAAAUGGAAAAACAGGAGAUCUAAUAGACACCAGAUAUUUUGACAUGUGGGGAGGAAAUGUGGCCCCAUUUAUUGAGUUUCUGAAGGCCAUACAAGAUGGAACAAUAGUCUUAAUGGGAACAUAUGAUGAUGGAGCAACCAAACUCAAUGAUGAGGCCCGGCAGCUCAUUGCUGAAUUGGGGAGUACAUCUAUUACUCAUCUUGGUUUUAGAGACAACUGGGUCUUCUGUGGUGGAAAAGGCAUUAAGACAAAAAGCCCUUUUGAACAGCACAUAAAGAACAAUAAGGACACAAACAAAUAUGAAGGAUGGCCUGAAGUUGUAGAAAUGGAAGGAUGCAUCCCCCAGAAGCAAGACUGAAGUGGAGAAAAUUGAAGGGACCAUACUUUCACUUGCUAAUGGGAAAGCCCUAACCGAAAAACUACAUGUAAAUAUUUUAAGAGCAUGCAGCCAUCUCGGUGUGUGCAUGACCAUUAUCUCUUUUGAUAUCAGGAUUAUUUAUUGCUAACGUAAAUAGACAUCUUUGUAAAUAAUCAUCAUGAUGAGCAAAUCACUGAACCAUUUCUAAGCACAUCUCCGUAAUGGUACAAUGUUUAGACUGCGAUGAUAAUGGCGUCUUUUAAUUCUAAAAGCAUUACACAAUGGAUAACUAAACAGAUUUGGAAAAUGUAUUGAUAUAUAUACUAGUCGCUGUGAAAAAUCUAUCAUGGAAUAAUAUGGAUUUUAGGGAGGAGACUUUGUUUUCUUUUAUAUAUAUAUAUGACCUUUUGAUGGUAGUAUCUUUUAAAUUAAAAAGAUAUUG